GUGGCUGCGGAGACGAGAGCAAGGAAGAGAGCAUGGCAGCAAAGAUUCCAAUCACAGAAACAAAAGCCUACCAGUUGCUGAAGUGGUCUACCCUUCAGGAUAAUACAAAUCAAACUGAAGACAGGUUCCAAAAGGCAGAUGCUUCUGCAUCACAACUGUCAGGAGGCGACAAGAGAGUAGCACCUCCCUCGGAGCCUUACAGCCAGUUAGCAGACACACGUGGUUGGAAGGUGACUCCACACAUCUGUGUUUGGUGACUGCCAGUUAAGAAUCAGACUUGAAGCAGAAACAUCCAAGGCUGAAGUCACCCAGGGGGCAGAGGUCAAGGAUUGCCCUGCACGCUGAUAGCAUCAUGGGAACAGUCUGGUUCCCCUGGCUCCAGGAAAGAGGUGGAUUGUGCAUCUUCCCCAUC